GUUUUUAUCUUUAUUAUUUAUUUAUUUUUCAAGACAGACAGUGAAGGGAGUUUGCAAAGCUGUGAUUUUUCUUCCAAACCUUGUUAUAUUUGCACAUCUGAGCUGUUUUAACCUUUUGAUUCUGAGAUGCACAUGCUACUAUUUCAUAAUCUUAUUAAAAACAAAGUGUUUGAGAAGUUGAGUAUUAAGUCACUUUAUGAGUGUCCACUGCACUUUGUGAUUUCAUUGAUGUAGUUUGCUUCUUGUGAUUUGCUUCUCUUAGUUUGUUGGUAAUGCUGUCCUCCUAUUUGCUUCUUCUUCACUACUAUGUCUCCUUUUAUAAUUUACUUUCAUGAGAACUUUUGUUACUGUAUCAUUUUCUUGGUUGAUUCUGGAAAUUGUUGUCAUGCUACAAAAGAGGUAAAUUAUGACAUAUAAUUUGAGUUUGUCAACAGCUGUGUGGACUAAAGGAACUUAAUUUUGUAUUGCACGUUGUUUUAUUUUCCAUGAUGAUGGCAACUUAUUUAAUUUCAAUGACAGGUGCAAGGACUGGGGUUGGUCAUGUGCUGGUUUCAACUAAACCCAAACCAAUCAUGUUAGAUAUUUUCUAACCCGAACUGAAUCCAAUUAAAAUUGGUUUGGUUUGGGUUUUAUUGGUUUAAAGUGAUGUAGAUUUUUUCCAUAGUAAAACACUACUCCAUCUAAGCUAAAAGGAACAAGCAUGGUAGUUGGUAGUCGUGUUUUUUAAUUUGAUGGAAAUCAUAGGUUUGUAUCUCUUCACUAAUAUAUUAUCAAAAUAUAAUUUAAAUAAAUUCAUAAAAACAUGUUUUUAAACAAUGUGAACACCUAGGCCAGACCGCAAAUUUUUAUUUUUUAUUUAGUUUUGUUGAUCAAUUUAUUGAGUUAGUUGAAUACUCAGUGUGGGACCAUAUAGCUUUUGCUGAAGCUGAAAUCAUCAGGAAUCUCUGGUCAUUUGGUUUACUAUCUUUGCCUCAUUCUUAAUCACACACGCACAGGGAGUAAAGUGAGAGAUGAGUAAUCCUGCAAUCUCUUUUGUGAUACAAAAGCUCACUAACCUGCUCAUUGAGGAAGCAGUUUUGUUGUUUAGGGUGCGGGAUCAAGUGAAUUGGGUGCUUGUUGAACUGAAGAGGAUGCAGUGCUUCCUCAAGGAUGCUGAUUCAAGGCAGAGAAAGGGAGAUGAACUAGCUAAGAACUGGGUGAGGGAGGUCAGAGAUGUUGCUUUCGAUGCAGAGGAUGUUAUUGACACUUACCUGCUAAAAGUCGAACACCUCCGGCAGAAGAAAGGCCUCUUGGUUUUUGUUAAAAGGUAUUCCUGUUUUAGCUCUGAAUUGAAAGCCCGCCAUAAAAUUGGGGCCAAGAUCAACCGCAUAAAAACUAAAAUACAGGAUAUAUCAGAUAGCAGAGCUAGAUAUGGAAUUCUUAAUAUAGGAGAAAGUGAGGAAGCAAGGAUCGAUUUUAUUGAUGAGAACUUGCAAGCACGUAGGAAUUUAUCUCCAUAUCUCAGUGAUGACACUACUGUUAUUGGAUUUCACCAUGACAUGGAGGUACUCUUGAAUCAGCUGACAGAUGUGCGAAACCUGAGACGAAGUGUUCUCUCCAUUGUUGGAAUGGGCGGCCUUGGGAAGACAACCCUUGCAAAAAAGAUCUAUAGCAAUGACAUGAUCAAACGGCAUUUUGAUGUUUGCGUGUGGAUGACUAUAUCUCAAGUUUAUAGAGUCACUGAUCUGCUGAAGAUCAUCAUCAGCAGAGUUGUUGGUCUGAGGAGGGAUGAAUUGGAAGGAUUAGAUGAAAGUGGGUUGAAGGAGAAGCUUCUUAACUCAUUGAAUGGGAGGAGGUAUCUAAUAGUAAUGGAUGAUGUGUGGGAUAAGAACUUUUGGACUCGAAUAAAAGGUGCCUUCCCAAAUGAUGUGAAUGGAAGCCGAGUAUUGAUCACUACUCGUGUCAUUGAAGUAGCAAGUUUUGCUGAUCCAAUCACCAUUCCAUAUGAACUGUCAUUUCUGCCAGAGGACAGGAGUUGGGAGCUUUUCCUUUUGAAGGCCUUUCCGACAAGAUUAGAUAGCCAUGUAAGCUGCCCUGAAGAGUUGGAGGAUAUUGGGCGACAACUGGUGAAAAGAUGUGAAGGAUUGCCGCUUGCGCUUGUUGUGCUGGGAGGACUUCUAUCUCGCAAAGAUCCUGAUCCUGCUGUUUGGUCAGAGGUGGCUGACCGCAUGGAUUGGAAUUCCACGCAUGAUGGACAAGAAUGCUUGAAGAUAUUGGCAUUGAGCUACUGUGACCUGCCACAUCACUACCUCAAGUCAUGUUUCUUGUAUCUGGCUGCCUUCCCAGAAGACUCUGAGAUUCUUACUUCCAAAUUGAUCAAACUAUGGGCUGUUGAAGGCUUCAUUCCUGAGAGAGAGAGGCAAACCGUGGAAGAAAUUGGUUGGGGUUACUUAGAUGAGCUUGUGCAGAGGUGCAUGGUUCAGGUAGUCAAGGUACGUGAUUAUGAUAAGAGUGUCAAGAAGAUCCGAAUACAUGAUGUCCUGCAUGAAUUUUGCAUUGCGGAAGCUAGGGAAGUUGGAUUGAUCAAUGCUUCUAGCACUUACUCAGCCAUGACUGUUGCACAGGUCACCUCACGCCGUCUUGCUCUGCAAAAUUAUCGAUCUUCUGACUGGUGUUUUACUGGUUUGAAACUGCGUACUUUGUUGCUUUUUAACUCUUCUGUGCCAAUUACGAAUCCUUUAGUCCUGCAUGGAUUGAAGUUGCUAAGAGUCAUUGAUCUGGAGGGUGCUGGAUCUGUGGUGAAUUUGCCAAAGGAGAUUGAGAGGAUGAUUCAUUUAAGAUACAUGGGUCUCAGAAAUUGCACAUCUUUGCUCAGGCUUCCACCCACCGUUGGAAAUCUUUGUAGUUUACGAGUUCUGGAUGUUCGCAACACUGGCAUAGUAAAACUGCCUGAGGAGGUCUGCAACAUUCAGACACUACGAAUCAUAAACAUGGAGUGGUUUUGUUUGCUUCCAUCAAACAUUUGCAACUUAAAUUACCUGCAAAUUCUAAAACAUGCAUGUGCUGCUGGGGGAUGGGUUGAGAGAUGCUCUAGAGAGAUGAUCAAUCUCCAAGUAUUAGGGAUAUCAGCACUUGCUAGCUCUCAACUUCCAACUUUAUGCCAUUUGCUUGGAAAUCUUACCCACCUCAUCUCCUUGAAGGUACAGAGGACAAGUUUGCUAUCUUCAAGUAUCAUCACAACCUUAUCAAGCAAUCGCCAAUUCCGCAAGUUGGAGUUACAUGGAAUGUUACAUAAACUCCCUGACCACCAUCUGUUCCCACAGAACCUAAGCAAACUUACUCUGCGUGCAUCAAUGUUUGAGGAUGACCCAAUGCCAGUGUUGGAGAAACUCCGAAACCUAAUAGUCCUGAGGUUGAUGAAGGGAACCUAUGCAGGGAAGGAGAUGGUCUGUUCUGCUGGUGGAUUCCCCAGACUUCGAGUCUUGGAAAUUUCCUGCUUGGAGUAUCUAGAAUGCUGGAGAAUUGAAGACUGCUCAAUGGCCAAUCUUUUCUAUCUUUCAAUCUCUGUUUGUAAGAAGCUGUCAAUGCUGCCUGAAGGCCUGGGGAGGGCAAGCUCCCUUCAAGAGCUGAAGUUGUCUCGCAUGCCACAGGAUUUCAAUGCAAGAGCUCGUGAGGGCGGAGAAGAUUGGCACAAGAUUAGUCAUCUGCCUUCAAUCACCAUCUAUUGAUCAGGUUUUUUUAGGGGUGCUAAAUGUAAAAGGGUAAAAUGGUAAAAUCAUCAAACCAAAUUGGACUUGUAAAUCACUGAGAAUGAAUUCCCGCGCCAUCAAAACGAAUCAUCACCAGUGGCCUCGCUUCCCUCCUCUGUUUCGGCCUCCUCCUGCAAAACUCUAGUGCGCUCCAUGCUCUUGUGGUUUGGUCAAGGCCUCUCUGCCAUUGCUGUUGCUUGUGGUUUGGUUGCUCUAUUUUCUGAAUUUAUUGUACACUUUGUAUUUCAUGAGCCUAGUCUAUUUUUUUCUCCUCAGGCCUUUUUUAUGCUUUUGGCUUUG